AUGGCAUCCCUAAACAAACUAGCUAUCAGGGGAAUCCGUUCUUUCGACGACAAACAUGUUCAAGUCAUCGAAUUUUAUUCACCUCUGACUGUCAUAGUAGGACAUAACGGAUCUGGUAAAACAACAAUAAUAGAAUGUUUGAAAUACGCCACGACGGGGGAAAUGCCACCCAAUACUAAAGGUGGAGCUUUCAUACAUGAUCCUAAGAUGGCGAAUGAGAAAGAAGUGAAAGCUCAGGUCAGGUUGAGGUUUUGGAAUGUGAAUAGACAGAGGAUGACUGCUACGAGGAAUGUACAGGUUACCGUCAAGAAGACUGGAGGUUUGACUAUGAAGACUUUGGAAGGGAUUCUAGCGAAGACUGAUGAGAAUGGGGGAGAGGGUAAGAGAAACACCAUCUCAACCAAAUGUUCCGAAAUGGACGAAGAAUUACCUCUUUUGCUAGGAGUCAGCAAAGCCAUUCUCGAAAAUGUCAUUUUUUGUCAUCAAGAAGAUUCAAGUUGGCCGUUGAGCGACGCAAGUUCGUUGAAGAAACGUUUUGAUGAGAUAUUCGAAGCCACUCGGUACACAAAAGCUCUGGACAAUAUAAAGGCGAUAAGGAAAGAACGGACGGCAGAGCUUAAGGUCGAUAAAGAGAGAUUGAAUUUUCUCAAGGCGGAUAAGAACAAAGCUGAGCGGAUGCGCGCGGAAUUAAAAAAGGCAAUUGAAGAAGAACAAGAAAAACAAGAAGAAGUCGAGCGUCUUCGAGAAAAAUUCGAAGAGAUUAAACAAGUCAACAUGCAAUAUUAUGCCGAAGCUUCGGGUUUUCAAUCUAAAUUUCAAGAAGCUGAAAAUCUCAAAAUCAGGAAAAACAUGUUGGAGAAAAACCAACAACGGACAUUAGAAGGUAUGAAAGAAAUGACCGAAUCGACAAAAGAGUUAUUAGAAAUGAUUGCGAAUUUUGAUCAACAUCUCAAAUCACUCGAAGGUCGAAAGAUGAGAUUGGUAGAAUCUAGAGAUAAAGAAGAAGCUUCAAUGGAAGAAUUACGAAGGAGAGAGAGGAAUUUAGCAAGUACACAAGGCGGUUUGAUCGCUAAUCGCAAAAUAUAUGAGAGAAAUUUGAAAGAGAGGGAAUUAGCUGUGAGGGAAGCUGCUAAAAUUCAUAAUUAUGCGGGGUAUGAUUAUUCUCCUCUGGAAGAGAAUAAGAUAGUGGAGUUUAUUGAUAUAUUACAUGAUUUGGUGAGAAGGGCAGAGACAGAACAGAAGAAAGUACAGAUGGAUGGGGCAAGGAAAGAGAGGGAUUUGCAAAGAGAAUUGGAUAGGUUGGCAGCUGCUCGAACGGAGACGAUGGCCACGAAGAAGAGCAAACAGGAUCAUAUUGUCAAAUUCAACGAAAACAUACGCACUAAAGAAGCUCAAUUCGAGUCUGUCAGUUCCGUCAAUGUCGAAGUGGAACUCCUCGAAGGCAAGUUAGCCGAGGCAGAAGAGGUUCGAGCACGUCUGGAAAAUGACAUUUCGGAAUCGAGAUACGACGAGACGAUCCGUGAAAAAUCCUUGGCAAUCAGGCAGAAAGAGACGGAUAGAGAUAAGAUCAAUGCUGAGCUUGCUAUUCUCAAUAGACAGAGUGAUAGUCGUGCUCAAUUGUCCAUCAAGAGGAAUGAAUUGCAAUCUAAAUCUAGUCAAGUGAUAGCUUCUGUUGCUAGUCACUCGGCAAAGUUCAAAGAAUUAGUAGGAACCGACCUCGAAGCGGAGAGUAUGGAAGAGAAAAUCACUUUGUCCGCGGGGAGAAGAGAUAGAGAGUUGGUUGAAGCUGAAGCUGCGGCUUCGGCUUCUAAUCGAACUUUGUCUCAACUUCAAACCUCCAUAAACAUUGCCAAGAGUACAUUGGCCACGAAAAGAGAUGAACUGCGUCGGCUGGAACAAGCUAUCGAAGCGGGGUUGAGCGAAUCGUCUAAGUCGACAAUUGAGGAAGCUAUUUCUGAGGCUGAGGAAGAAUUGGAGUACCGUCAAAAAAACCUCCUCAAUGCCGAUGCGAUGAAAGAACACUGGGCGAAAAUGCUCGAAGUAGGCAAGACGAAACAUAAAUGUCUCGGAUGUGAUCGAUCUCUUCUCGCUUCAGACGAAAAAGCCUUCGAAAAAUACGUCCAACUCCAAUUGAAAAGAUUCUCCACCGCCGGUCUUAAAGAAAUGCAAGAAGAAGAAGAAGGAUGGAAGUUGGAAUUAGAUAAAUUGCGUAAACUUCAACCAUCAGAAUUGACGGUUAAAGAGUUGAAAGAGCAAAUUAUUCCCACUUUAGAGACGCAAAUAUCUGAUGAAAGUAAAAGAUUAGAGAAAGAACAAGAAGAAGUGGAAGAGACUAAAGUGAGAGUUGGAAAGGCUAAAUUGGUAGUGAGAGAUCUACAAACCCUCAAGAACGCUGCUUCUAUGAUUAGUAGGAUCUUAGGGGAGACAAAGGAUUUGGAAAAUGAUGUGAAGAGGUUGGAAAGGGAUUUGGAAAGUUCAGGUAGUCUAAAGACCGUCGAGGAGGUACAGGGGGAGGUUGAGAGGGUUACUAAUGAGAUCAAAACCCUUCAGAGAGAACAACAAACUCUGAGCUCUGAGAAAGAACUCAAGUUGAACUCGUUGAGAAGUCAACAAGACGAUAUCACUCGAAAAACUCUAAGGUUGAAUCAGUUAAAAGGACAACAAGAGAGGAGAGAGAGGGAAGAGGCGGCGUUGAAAGAGCUGCAAGAUCAGGUGAUUGCUCUUCAGGCCGAAUUGAAAGAACUGGACACAGCUGCUCAAGCUGCUGACGCCCCUUGGAGGGAGAUGAACGAUACUUUGAGUCGACAUAGGGUAGAGAGACAAAAUGCGGAGAAUGAUGCGGGGUUGAAUGUGGGGAUGUAUCAAUCGUCUUUACAUGAGUUGGAGGGGAAACAUCGGGCUUGUGUGACCUACGUGGCAGAAGGGAAUGACCGUCGUAUGCGUGAAAACGAAGCUCAAAUCGAUGAAAUCAAACGUGAUCUCAUCUCCGCUUCUGAAACUCGUUCUUCCCUCGAAACUCAGAUAUCCAAAGUUCAAGAUGAACUCUCACGACAAGGUGCUGUCAAAAGUAAUAUCAACGCCAAUAUCACUUAUCGUGAACAAGCCAGAGAGAUCGACAAAGUACAAGAAGACCUCGAAGCUAUUGAUCUAGAACAAAUGGCGAAAAGUAGGAGAGAAUUCAAUACGAAGUAUUCGGCGAAAUUAGAGGAAGAGACUAAAGUCCAAAAUUCAUGGCAGAGAGCUCAAGGUUUGUUAGUUGGGAUCAAUCAGAAUAGGGAGAAGUUGGAAAAGACUUUGGAAGAGGAUUAUAAGAAUGUCGAUAGGUUGUUUAGGGAUCAACUCAUCAAGACAAAGGUUAGCGAGACGGCUAAUAAUGAUCUGGAAAAAUACGGAAAGGCUUUGGAUAAUGCUAUCCUCCGCUAUCACUCGAUCAAGAUGGAUGAAAUCAAUUCAUUGCUUGCUCAUCUCUGGGGGAUUGUGUAUCAAGGCACAGAUAUCGAUUGUAUCAAAAUCAUGUCCGAUCAUGAUGAAGCGAGUUCCACCUCCACCAGAAAAUCAUACAACUACCGCGUGGUCAUGGUCAAGAACGAUGUCGAGCUCGACAUGCGAGGUCGAUGUUCAGCUGGGCAGAAAGUCCUGGCAUCGAUUAUCAUUCGGUUAGCCUUGGCUGAGUCAUUUGGACAAGGAUGUGGAGUGUUGGCUUUGGACGAACCAACUACCAACCUCGACGCUUAUGAAAACAUCAACUCUCUUGCUGAAGCCCUAGCAGAAAUCAUACGAGAAAGACGUCGUCAGGCCAACUUCCAACUCGUCGUUAUUACUCACGAUGAAGCAUUUCUUCAACGUCUGGCCGCUCAUGACGUUUUAGAGUAUUACUGGCGUGUGUCGAGGGAUUCGAAUCAAAAUUCGGUGUUGGAACGACAACGUGUCAGUUUAUGA